AUGUCAACAGAAAAUUCCCCAUUACCACAUUCUCUGAAAAAAUGUGGAUUACCAGCUGAAAUAGAUUUUACUCUAAAUGGUGUUAGAACAACUUUCCAUAUUGAAAACUCGACAGUUAUACCGAAGUAUUGUUAUGCUUAUAGAAUAUUAUUUGACAAAGUUAGAAUCCCUCCGAUAAUCACUUCCAUUGAAGAAGGCGCAUUUAAAGACACAAAUGUUCAUUACAUUGACAUUCCAAUAACAGUCACUUCAAUUGGGUCUUCAGUCUUUGCCAAUUGUGAAUUACAAGAACUCAAAAUCCCGAAGUCCAUUCUUGAAAUAUCAGAAGGACUUGCUUGCAACUGUAAACUUCAAAGAGUGACAUUCCAUUCACAUCUUACUUCGAUUCAAAGUAAUGCAUUUAGUUGUUGCAAACUUGUGAAUGUCACCAUUCCAAAUUCUGUUAUUUACAUAGGAGCCAACGCAUUUUCUUCUAACAGCAAUUUGAACGAAUUUUACUUCCCAAAAAAUAUGAAGGAAAUUUCAGAAGGUGUUUUAAAGUCAUGCUUCAAACUGACCAAAGUCCAACUUCCAGUGGAAGUUACUUGUAUACGUAAAACGGCCUUUAUGGACUGUGAAAAAUUGAUAAAUAUAAAAAUACCAAAAACAGUUGAAUUAGUUGAGGAAAAGGCCUUUUGGGGGUGUAAAAACGUCAAAGAAUUAAUUUUCAACGAAACGUGUAUUUUAAAAAACGAAGCAAUAGCAUUGUGCACAUCAUUGACAAAUUUAAUUGUUCCAAAUGUUAAUAAAAAAAAUUAUAAAUGCCGUCGGGUAUGA